AUAAUCUGUGCGUUAGGAAAAGAAAAAAAUAAAUUAUAACAAUUGACUUACAGAAUUGAAUUAAUAGAUAUAUAGUGAAAAUACAAGUUCUUUAAGCAUUGUACAACUGUAAAUUUUACUUUAAUUGCACAGGAUAAACAGCGUAUUCAUAUGUGAAUGUAAAAGUAACAAUGAAGUAUACUUGUGGCUGUAAAUGAAGUAAUAAAGACAUUUAGAAGUUUAUUUAGUGUGUUAGAUACCAAGUUCGUUGCCGCAAUGAUGAAGAGUACGUUACCUAAAGAUAAACCAGGCAAAAUGAGGAUCAGAGCCUUUCCCAUGACUAUGGAUGAGAAAUAUGUGGAGAGUAUAUGGAGUUUACUUAAGAAUGCAAUACAGGAAAUUCAAAAGAAAAAUAAUUCUGGUCUUUCAUUCGAAGAACUUUAUCGAAAUGCAUACACUAUGGUCCUACAUAAGCACGGAGAAAGGCUCUACACAGGCUUGAAGGAAGUAGUCACUCAUCAUCUAGAAACAAAGGUCCGGGAAGAUGUACUACAUUCUUUACAUAAUGGAUUCCUACAAACAUUAAACAAUGCCUGGACCGAUCAUCAAACUAGUAUGGUCAUGAUCCGUGACAUACUUAUGUAUAUGGACAGAGUAUAUGUACAACAAAACGAUGUCGACAAUGUGUAUAACUUGGGCCUUAUUAUAUUCAGAGAUCAGGUCGUUCGCUACGGCUGCAUCCGGGACCACUUGCGGCAGACGCUCCUGGAGCUGGUGGCGCGCGAGCGGCGCGGCGAGGUGGUGGACCGGCUCGCCAUACGCAACGCGUGCCAGAUGCUUAUGGUGCUCGGCAUCAACUCGCGCGCCGUCUACGAGGAGGACUUCGAAAAGCCUUUCCUGCAUCAAUCUGCUGAAUUUUAUAGGAUGGAAUCUCAAAAGUUCCUCGCAGAGAACAGUGCAGCGGUGUACAUCGCCCGCGUGGAGGCGCGCAUCAGCGAGGAGGCGGAGCGCGCGCGGCACUACCUCGACGAGAGCACCGAGCCGCGCGUCGUGGCCGUGCUGGAGCACGAGCUCAUCGAGCGACACAUGAAGACCAUUGUCGAGAUGGAGAACUCAGGUGUUGUGCACAUGCUGAUGCACACGCGCACGGUGGAGCUGGCGUGCGUGUACAAGCUGCUGUCGCGCGUGGGCGAGGGGCUGCGCACGGUGGCCGACGCCGUGUCCGCACACCUGCGCCAGCAGGGCCGCGCGCUCGUCACCGACACGCACCACAACACCAACGCCAUCGCAUACGUGCAGAAUCUGCUGGAUCUGAAAGAUAGAUUUGACCACUUCCUUCACAACUCCUUCAAUAAUGACAAAAUAUUUAAGCAUAUGAUUGCUUCCGAUUUCGAAUUCUUCCUUAAUUUAAAUAAUAAAUCCCCCGAAUUUCUCUCACUAUUUAUCGAUGGAAAGCUCAAGAAAGGUGAAAAAGGCAUGAGUGAGCAAGAAAUCGAAGCAGUGCUGGACAAAACCAUGGUGCUGUUCCGCUUCUUGCAGGAGAAGGAUGUAUUUGAGCGCUACUACAAGCAGCAUCUCGCCAAACGACUCUUGCUCAACAAAUCGGUUUCAGACGACAGCGAGAAAAAUAUGAUCUCCAAACUUAAGACUGAAUGCGGUUGUCAAUUUACGUCAAAGCUUGAGGGUAUGUUCAAAGACAUGACAGUAUCCAACACUAUCAUGGAGGAGUUCAAAGAACAUGUGCUGUCAUCUGGGACCAACUUGCACGGGGUAGAUCUGUCAGUGCGCGUUCUCACAACUGGAUUUUGGCCAACACAGAGCGCCACUCCCAAGUGUAACAUCCCGAAAGCUCCAAGAAGUGCAUUCGAAGUCUUUAGAUCGUUCUAUCUAGCGAAGCAUUCGGGGCGCCAACUGUCGCUGCAGCCGCAACUGGGCAGCGCGGACCUGCACGCCACGUUCCGCGCGCACGCCGCGCCCGCCAGCCCGCCGCGCUCGCCCUCCGCCGCCGCCUCCGCGCCCGCGCCCGCCUCCGCCCCCGCCCCUCGCAGACACAUCAUACAGGUCUCCACCUUCCAGAUGUGCGUCCUGUUGCUCUUCAAUAAGCGCGAGCGUCUCACGUACGAGGAAAUACUCAACGAGACCGAUGUACCUGAAAAGGAUCUUGUGCGCGCCCUGCAGUCGCUGGCCAUGGGCAAGCCUACACAGCGAGUGCUCAUAAAACACCCUAAGACUAAAGAAAUAGAACCAUCUCAUCAGUUCUAUGUCAACGAUGCCUUUACUUCUAAGUUGCAUAGAGUAAAGAUCCAGACAGUAGCUGCCAAGGGCGAAUCCGAACCAGAGCGACGCGAGACUCGCAACAAGGUGGAUGAGGACCGCAAACACGAGAUAGAGGCCGCCAUCGUGCGCAUUAUGAAAGCCAGAAAGAAAAUGGCGCACACGUUGCUAGUGGCGGAAGUGACAGAGCAACUGCGCGCGCGCUUCCUGCCAUCGCCUGUCGUCAUCAAGAAGCGAAUCGAGGGCCUGAUCGAGCGGGAGUACCUCGCGCGCACGCCGGACGACCGCAAGGUCUACACCUACGUCGCAUAGGUGCGUAGCGACGCGAUCGCCUCCACAAUCAACAGUAACAAGCUUCAGUUUCUCCCCGUAAUAUCCAUUCGUUUACAUUAUCGUCCCGAUGGAUCGGUUGCCGAACCCGCAUACGCGGUCAGCUUUGUCUGCUUAUCUCUCGUGAACCCCUUUAACUUUUCUUGUGUCUUAGUAAAUUCAUAUAUGUCCGGCACAUACGAAAAAAGGCCGACAGAUGUAAGCGGAGCCAUAGUUUGUAAGUUAAGACAGAUUAUUCUCAAACUUAAGUACAGAUUGAAUUGUAAACGAUGUAAAAAUAUUGUAUAUACAAAAUAUUGUGGUUUAGUCUGAUCAUUUCGAUGUGUACUAUAAGUGUUCCUCGUAAUUUCCUAGAGUAGCUGUUAUGUUAAAUUAAAUUCUCUUUUAUAACAA